GUUGGUGUGUGGGAUAGUGUUGCGGGGCGGCCGCUGCUGUGGGCAACGACUCAGUUAACUCUGGACUUCGUUCUGAAGCCAGCCUAGAUCUUCGCUAUGUCUGGAGUCAGUCGGAAGGAAAAGAAAUAUGCCAAGUUGAUGAGAAACCAGCCUAGCAAUAUCACCUUUUCCUCAACCGACCAAAUGGCUGGCAGAUCUGGAAUGGGACCGUCUGAAUCACAGACCACUAACCCACGCUGUGGCAGCUUUACAAGUCUUCAAGGCGUUACUGGUGGUUAUGUGCAACAGCAGCAAGUGGGGUCCAGUCAGCCAUCUUAUGGUGACCACCGGCGAAGUUCAUACAGAGGAGGUUUCCGAGGGUACCGAGGAAACUCGAGAGGAAGCUGUCAUGGCUAUUCUCAAAUUCCCAAAAGCAUAACUGCAACAACAUUUGCUCAAGCCCGUGCUGCUGAAAUCAAUGCCAUGAUAAAAGCAGUCACACAUAAAUCUGGUUCUCAGUUUCUGCAGUCACUGCCACCAACAAUGCGCAGAAGAGCCAUGAGUCAUAAUAUUAAACGUCUCCCAAGAAGGCUUCAAGAAAUUGCAAAGAAAGAGGUGGAAAAGGUUUCCCAGCUGAAGAAAGAGCAAUCAAAGAGUAAAUCUCGCAAAGCCCGUCGACGACACGGGAGUCUGUUAAUAGAAUUUAACCGAAGGCAGCGAAAAAACAUUUGGCUGGAGACUCACAUAUGGCAUGCAAAAAGAUUCCAUAUGGUUAAAAAGUGGGGAUACUGUUUGGGCAAUAAACCAACCACUAAAAGUUACAGAGCAUGUUAUCGUUCUAUGACAAAGCAGUGUCUUCUGCAGGAUUUGUCUUAUUAUUGCUGCCUGGAGCUGAAUGGGACAGAGAAUAAUCUCCUGAAGGCUCUUGCUCGUUUGAGCAGUAUAGAUGCAGGUACAACUUUUGCCUCUGUGGCCUGCCUGUCUGGGAAAUGUCAAGGAUCACUGGUUCUUUACAAGGCAGACCAAUAUCCUGAGAAGCCUCUAGGUCCAGUUACUUUCCUUUGGAGGCCUAAAACACAACCUGAUAGCUCUUCAGGAAACAGACAGCUUUGGAUUUGGACGCAUCCAGCACUUAAAAUGGAUUUAUUGACUGAGCUUCAGUUGGUCUGUCAAUGUUUGGAUGUCCCUGUACCUGAACCAGCUCCAAAUGAAUGUAAAACUAUAACAUAUGCGUCAGAAAAGCAAACUGAAGUAGUUGGCUUGAAAAGAAAGCCGCAGGAUAAAGCUGGAGAGAUGGUCAUACCAGAGAAAAAAAUAAUAGGCAAUGGGACCAGAGAUCCAUCGACAACAGUGGUUUGGACAUCAUUAACUAACGGCGUUACAAUAGAAGAUCUGACGAUGGAAAUUCUGAGGUAUCGACUAAUUGGUCCGUUAUCCCAUUGUGUGAUAUUUGAAGCUAUACAAGCUGCUGAUGUCCCAAAAAACCCUGAAGAGAGAGAAGAGACAAAAAUGUACUGCUGGUGGUCAGAGUAUUGCACGCAACCUGAAAAGAUGAGCCUCCAUAAUCAUCAGAGAGAUAUCCUUCAGUUACUACUUGGUGUUGCUUCACCAGCAGAAAUUUCAGCAGGCACUGUGCUUGGACUUACUGUAGGAGAUCCUCGUCUAAAUAUGCCGAAAAACAGAACCACAGCUAGUCCAGACCUGUCGCAGCCUGAAGACCUGGAAAAGCUCAGGGAUUUAUGUUUGAACGGCAUUGGUGCAGAAUAUGCUCAAAGUCAGAUCUGGGAUCGAAAUGUCCGCAACGUUGUUACAGAAACUAAAAUCUCAGAACAGAAACUGAAUCAGAUGAGAAGCAAGCUGUUAGUUCCUGGGACUCGUCUGGAUCUUGGAUCGCAAGAGUCCAAGAUUCCCAUUUUGUUGGUGCAUCAGCCAGGGAAGAUGACUGGACAAGAACACACUGGUUGGGGGAGUGGCUGGGACAUUCUGAUCCCAAAAGGAUGGGGAAUGGCAUUCUGGAUCCCUUUGAUCUACCGGGGAGCGCGAGUCGGAGGUCUGCAAGAGGGAGCCAAACACACACAGUACAAGGGACUUCCGCAUUUCCCAGAUGACUUUCCAGACUGUCCAGCAGGCAUCCAGCACAGUGUGGAGACCAAGAAAGAGCUAAUAGACAAAUACAAUAAGUAUCCACCAGCCAAGAGGCCUAACUAUAUCCAUUAUGGUACCAUGACUCCAUUCCGUUGUCCCUGGCAACAGCUAGUAGAAGAGUGGGAAGCCCAUAUCCAAGGGGGUGAUCUCAAACUUGCUGUCAGUGGUAAAGAGCAAGAGUUGAAGUUUGAAGUGCAGAACCCUAAUUACAAACACGCUGGAGUACAUGAAAACAAAGCUUCUGAGGAAAUGUCAAAAGAGGAUAAACCAUCAGAGCCGGAUGAGGAAAUGGAGGAGGAUUCUGAAAGUGUGACUAUUCUUGAGCGAAACACAGGAUGUGAAAAUGGCCAGAAUGUAAUUACUCAAGACACCCCAGCAGAAAGUGGGCAUGUUUCCGUUUUGAGGAGUAGAAAGUUGUUGAAGCAGAUAUCCAUGUGGUGUCGCCCUUCAUCCAGCAGGGGUCAGCAGACACAAAGAUAUCGAGGGCCUGCUCAGGUGCCACUGGCAGCAGAUGCUGUUAAAUCCAUCAUCGGCUCUUAUCCUCGCUUCCUGAUCUGGGUCAGACUGUCAUUGUUGAAGAAAGGCAAUCCGAUUGCUAAUGCAACCAUUUGUGUUCCUUCCAAAGAGGACCUUCAGCUGUUGGUGUCGGAUCCUAAUUGCCCUGGCCCUCAAGAAUCAAAGCAUCGAGACCCCUUCAAACAGAAGUGCAAAGCCUUGAAGAACAAGAAGAGAGCUUUGCCCAAGGUUCCAGAGACAACAACAGCUGCAGAUUUGGGAAUAACAUCCGUUUCUGGUUGUGGAGUCAAUUUGGUUCAAGGGUUAUGGCCUGACCAAAUACGAAAUGUAAUGUCCCAUUGCUCCAGACUAGCAAUCGGCUAUGUCAGCCAAGGAGAUUUUUCACUAACUGUAGGUUGUGGAGAAGCAUUGGGAUUUGUGAGUUUAUUGGGACUCUUGCAUAUGAUAUCCAAUCAGCCACCAGACCAACGCGGCCUUGCACUUGUAAGGAACCCAGCUUCUCUGCAGUAUCGAUUUGCUAAGAUAAACAUUGAAGUAUGAUCCCCAAUUUAAAAUAUCCAGUUUGACUCAGAUUAUCUCCAAGCGUGCCUGAAGUUAAAUAUUUAUAUUUCCUUUCAAAAGACCAGUCUUGUGUUUUUUAUUUACAAAGGUAUCCAGUAGAAUACAGUUGCAAAAGUAAAAUACUUAUGGAAAUCUGAAAUUAAAAUAGAAAAUACUUCACAGAUCAGGCAAUGAAUUUGGAGAGGUAAACAGGUAACAUUUCAAGUCAAUGAUGUUGAAACAACAGUUGACUCUUUCUCUGUAUACAGAUAUUAGCAGACCUACUAAGUUUCUCCAGUAUUGUACAUUUUUGUUAUACUAUGAUUCAGUUCUUGAGUUCCAGUUCUAGCAUUGAGUAG